CGGAGACUCCAAGCGGUGCCCCGGGCCCCCGGCACCCGCAGUAGGGUGUCGAACGAGAUGGCGGUGCGCAGCCUGGGCCGCGGCGUCGGACGGCUGCUGGGCAGUCUGCGCGGGCGCUGGGGGCAGCUGGGGUGGCCACAGUGUUCGGUGAGCGCUCAGCUCCGGGCGGCCUCCGGGCCCUCGGGCAGCGCCCCCACCGCCGCCGCAGCCACCACGCCGCCCGGCUCGUACCCCGCGCUGAGCGCGCAGGCGGCCCACGAGCCCGCCGCCUUCUGGGGGCCGCUGGCGCGCGACACGCUUGUGUGGGACACUCCCUACCACACCGUCUGGGAUUGUGACUUCAGCACGGGCAAGAUUGGCUGGUUCCUGGGAGGCCAGUUAAAUGUGUCCGUCAACUGCUUGGAUCAGCAUGUUCAGAAGUCCCCCGAGAGUGUUGCUUUGAUCUGGGAGCGUGAUGAGCCUGGAACUGAAGUGAGAAUCACCUACAGGGAAUUGCUGGAGACCACAUGUCGCCUGGCCAACACGCUGAAGAGGCAUGGAGUCCACCGAGGGGACCGUGUGGCCAUCUACAUGCCCGUGUCCCCACUUGCUGUGGCAGCAAUGCUGGCCUGUGCAAGAAUUGGAGCUGUACACACCGUUGUCUUUGCUGGAUUCAGUGCAGAGUCCUUGGCUGGGAGAAUCAAUGAUGCCAAGUGCAAGGUGGUUAUCACCUUCAACCAAGGACUCCGGGGAGGGCGUGUGGUGGAGCUGAAGAAAAUAGUGGACGAGGCUGUAAAGAAUUGCCCAACCAUCCAGCACGUCCUGGUGGCUCACAGGACGGACAACAAGGUCCACAUGGGGGAUCUGGACGUCCACCUUGAGCAGGAGAUGGACAAGGAAGCCCCUGUGUGCGCCCCAGAGAGCAUGGGCAGCGAGGAUAUGCUCUUCAUGCUGUAUACCUCAGGGAGCACUGGGUCUCCCAAGGGACUCGUCCACACCCAGGCGGGCUACCUGCUCUAUGCUGCCCUGACACACAAGCUCGUGUUUGACUACCAGCCUGGUGAUGUCUUUGGCUGUGUGGCUGAUAUCGGCUGGAUCACUGGUCACAGCUAUGUGGUAUAUGGUCCCCUCUGCAAUGGAGCCACUAGUGUUCUUUUUGAGAGCACCCCAGUUUAUCCUGAUGCUGGUCGGUACUGGGAGACAGUGCAGAGGUUAAAGAUCAGUCAGUUCUACGGUGCCCCAACAGCCAUCCGGCUGCUGCUGAAGUAUGGUGAUGACUGGGUGAAGAAGUAUGACCGCUCCUCUCUGCGCACUCUGGGGUCAGUGGGAGAGCCUAUUAACCACGAGGCCUGGGAGUGGCUCCACCGUGUAGUGGGGGACAGCAGAUGCACACUGGUGGACACCUGGUGGCAGACAGAAACAGGUGGUAUCUGCAUUGCACCUCGGCCCUCAGAAGAAGGAGCGGAGAUCCUCCCCGGCAUGGCAAUGAGGCCCUUUUUUGGCAUUGUCCCUGCUCUCAUGGAUGAGAAGGGCAACAUUGUGGAGGGCAGCGAUGUCUCCGGGGCCCUGUGCAUCUCCCAGGCCUGGCCGGGCAUGGCCAGGACCAUCUAUGGAGAUCACCAGAGGUUCAUAGAUGCCUACUUCAGGGUGUAUCCAGGCUACUACUUCACUGGAGAUGGGGCUUACCGAACUGAACAUGGCUAUUAUCAGAUCACAGGGCGUAUGGACGAUGUCAUCAACAUCAGUGGCCACCGCCUAGGGACUGCGGAGAUUGAGGAUGCGAUGGCUGACCACCCUUCAGUGCCGGAAACUGCUGUCAUUGGCUACCCCCAUGCCAUCAAGGGAGAAGCUGCAUUUGCCUUCAUCGUGUUGAAAGAUGACACAGGUGACGCAGAUGUGGUGGUAAAUGAACUCAAGUCAGCAGUGGCCACCAAGAUUGCCAAAUACGCUGUGCCUGACCAGAUUCUUGUGGUGAAGCGUCUUCCAAAAACUCGGUCUGGAAAAGUCAUGCGGCGGCUCCUGAAGAGGAUCAUUACCAGCAGAGCCCAGGACCUGGGAGAUACCACCACCCUGGAAGACCCCAGUGUCGUCACGGAAAUCCUGAGUGCCUUCCAAAAGCACAAAGACAAGCAGGCUGCUGCUAAGUGAGAAGCUGCAGCCUCUGCCUAGGCACUUGUACUAAGACCGAGCGCUCAGAACCCUGACUUGUUCUCUCAGCAUGGAGCCCCAAAGGUGGCUUACUCCUGUCCCUGCACACACCCACACACACCAUCCCAAUGUGAAGUCGGGCUGAAGCCCUUCCAACCUUCUGGGGGGGGGGACCCAGAAGUGUAACCUGUGGAGAGGUUCUGUUACACAUGGACACGUGGAUAGGGCUGUUCCAAUUGUCCUGGAUUUGGUUUCCAGGAUUGAAGUCACUGUCCUCUGAGCUCUGUGUCCUCUUGACAGGGAGGUCAGAAGCCUGAUAGAGGGGUCUGCUUAAUCAAAUUAGGGCUGGAAGCAAUCAUGUUCUCUCCAGAUAUUUCUAGAUACUAAAGGUAGAUAUUUUAUUUUUUAUACUUUUAUAUUUGGGAGAACAAUGUUCAAAUGUAAUGUGAUAAUUUACUUGUACACACACUUUGUAAAACUUACAGCUAUAAAAAUCUCCCUUUUUGCCUCCACUGACAGGGAAAUUUGAUGACCAGAGGGUACGCUUUUCAUUAUUGUUCAGCAUAUUUUGAAAGUUUGAAUCAGAGAUAUUUGUACCUCUUUGUGAACAUAGCUGUCCUGAGAACUUGCCAGCCUGCAGUAUGGCCCAUUUUCCUGCUGCUUCUCUUGCACUUGGUUUGUGUUAUGAUGGAACUAACUCCUAACUCCAAAGUAACAGGUGACUAUGCCCACCUUUAGUUAUGAAGCUACUCCAGUUGGGUUUGUUUCACCAAACUGUGAUCUGAAAAGAUGUUCUUUCUCCUUACAUGCCUCUUGGUAGGAUGUCAACAUACUCCAGAUAUGUGGGGUUGUUUCUGGAAGCCAGUGAAAACUCAGGUGAUUUGUUAGAGGUCUAGUUCAGUCUGUACUUGGUUCCUGGAGACUCUGCCUACCCUUUCCUCUGUGACUGUGGUAAUAAGAAUCACUAUUGCCUAGUGAUGAGACCUGGAGCUCCAAGUCAAGUCUCUCUUUUUCAAUGUGCCUUAAGUCCUCUGAAUGUUAGCAAGAUGUUGUAAAUCGCGAAGUCACUAAGUGCUUAUUUCAUAGCUAAGUGUUUGAAGCAUGUACGGGCUAAGGGUGUGGUGACAUGUGAAGGUAGCCCCCUUAGCAGGGUUCUUGAGGGCAGGGAACGGUCACUCUGUCUGACGCUCAGUGCCUUGUAGCUGUGUAGGUGUUCAAGGGGUGUUUGGGGUACUGCAUACUUACUAUGGGCCUUAGCUAUGCUGACCUCUUAGGUGAUCAGGUGAGUAUGCCAUGGUCCCCAGGGGGUGUCAGCGGCUGUGGCAUGUGCACAUACUGAGUAAUAGUCUUUUGUUACCACUAGAAAUAAAGGACUAUGCACUGGACUUGGUGGACUGUAGUUAUGGCGCCAUUUAUGAAAUGGCUUAGGUUUCCUCAUUGCUGAUAGAAAUUCUCAGAAUGAUCUAUAGGAGUGUUCAAAUAA